UCUGUCUGCGUGUGUUUUUAAGUGUACUUAAUAUCUAACAUCUUUUGCUAAAUUUGUCGUACGCUCUUUUGGAUUCUUUUUCUGACCAGACCUUCUCAUGCUUGUGCAUUGCGUUCGUCUUAGUUCGUGAAUCUUAAUAUUCUAACGUUACUCUCAGUCUUAAUUGACAGCGCGUUGAAUCUAAUGUAAACAAACCCCGGUUAGCGGUUGACGAUUAACGUUAGGGGUUUUCACCCCACAAGCUCGCCUGGAAUCACUGCAGCAGCUUUCACUAACCUGUAAAGUGUGUUGGAGUCAGCGGGAGAUGGUUUGGCCGUGUAGUCAGGCCUUGGACUAAAGUUGAAGUCGUUUAAUUGAGUGUCAGAGUGUCAGAUUCGUCUCGAGGCCUCAUAUCUGUGGAUGAGGAAGUGAACGGACCGAGCUCACCCAGGAGAAAGGAUCCCAUUUCAUGGGAGAAUCCUCUUUCCUUUACUCCUGGGUGAACCGAUGAUUUCUGAAAAUGGAUGAGCAGGAGGCCCUGAAUUCCAUCAUGCAAGACCUGGUGGUGCUGCAUCGAUCCAGUCGACCAUCUGGUCUGUCUGACCUGGGCAAACCCAAGGCCUCCUCUCCCAAGAACCAGAAUGAUGUAAGGGUGAAGUUUGAGUACCGAGGAGAGAAGAGGAUCCUGCAGUUCCCUCGACCUGUCAGUCUGGAAGAUCUGAGCGCCAAAGCUAAAGUAGCGUUUGGGCAGAGCAUGGACCUGCAUUACACCAAUAAUGAGCUUGUGAUUCCGUUGAGUACUCAGGAUGAUCUGGAUAAAGCUGUGGAGCUGCUGGAUCGCUCUGUGCAUAUGAAGAGCCUAAAAAUCCUGCUGGUGCUCCCCUCCUGUACUCAAAACUCUGUCUCCAGUAAGGACCUGUUGCCAGCUCAUGAGAACUUGGACAACACAGACUUUAGUGUUGCAGAUAAAAAGAACAUGCUGGCACUCAUAGGUUCUCAGUCAACCGAUCGUAGCUCUCCUCCUCCAGGCUAUAUUCCUGAUGCUCUGCAGCAGGUGGCCAGAAACGGCUCUUUCACAAGCAUCAACAGUGAGGGCGAAUUCAUACCAGAGAGCAUGGACCAGAUGCUGGACCCGUUGUCUAUGAGCAGUCCUGAGAAUUCAGCAUCAGGCAGCUGUCCUUCAUUGGACAGUCCACUUGACAGUGACACCUAUCCCAAAUCCUGUAUGCCUCGAGCCCUGAGCUACCCUGAUAACCAUCAAGAGUUCCCUGAGUAUGACAUACCAGUGUUUGAAAAAACUGGGAAGGGAGGAACCUAUCCUAGGCGAUAUCCAAUCUCGUUUGGUCUGCACGACUACAGCGAUGGACGAAAGACCUUUCCCAGGGCGCGGCGGACACAAGCUCAUGGUUUUCGUUCUCCAGUAAGUUUCAGUCCAACUGAGCAGCAGAGCCCCAGCACUAGCAGUGGAAGCAGCAUCUUCACUCCUGAGCUAGAGGAACCGGGGCGCAGACGCCGUGGCAGUGACAUAGAGCCCAGCUCUAACCCCACUCUCUCAGUCAUGGACAUCAGCCCUCCAAGCCGCUCCCCUCGGGCUCCCACAAACUGGCGUCUAGGGAAGCUUUUGGGGCAAGGAGCGUUUGGGCGAGUGUUUCUAUGCUACGAUGCAGACACUGGCAGAGAACUGGCUGUUAAACAGGUGCAGUUUGAUCCGGAUAGCCCAGAAACCAGCAAGGAGGUGAGUGCUCUGGAGUGUGAGAUUCAACUGCUGAAAAAUCUAUUCCAUGAGCGCAUUGUUCAGUACUACGGCUGCUUGCGGGACACGCAUGAAAGAACUCUUUCUAUCUUUAUGGAGUACAUGCCUGGGGGCUCCAUUAAAGACCAGCUGAAGUCUUAUGGUGCUCUGACGGAGAAUGUCACACGUAAAUAUACACGGCAGAUACUAGAAGGCGUGUGCUACCUUCACAGUAACAUGAUCGUCCACAGAGAUAUCAAAGGUGCCAAUAUCCUUCGGGACUCAGCAGGUAAUGUGAAGCUGGGUGACUUUGGAGCGAGUCGGCGGCUCCAGACCAUCUGCCUGUCCGGAACGGGCAUCAAGUCAGUGACAGGUACACCUUACUGGAUGAGCCCAGAGGUCAUCAGCGGAGAGGGGUACGGCAGGAAAGCUGAUAUCUGGAGCAUCGGCUGUACUGUUGUGGAGAUGUUGACUCAGCGGCCGCCCUGGGCGGAGUACGAAGCAAUGGCAGCCAUUUUUAAAAUCGCCACACAGCCCACCAACCCCACUCUGCCGCCUCACGUGUCGGACCACUGCCGCGAUUUCCUUAAACGGAUUUUUGUGCAGACUAAACAGCGUCCCUCUGCUGAGGACCUAUUACGGCACACUUUUGUCCACUAGCCACUCCCCCUUCCAUCUCUGACCACUCAAAGACUUCCAUAAGUGUCUGUAGGACCACUCCCUUUUGAGACUCCUCCCAGCAGGCCUACGAGCCCCUACCCAGACUGGAGCGCAUAGCGAAGAGGGCAGUGGCCUAAUCUCACACCUCUGCUGGGGCAGGAGGGUGAUUUGGAGCAGCUUGAUUCCGUAUGAAAACAUUGCACCUUGAUUUCACUCGGGUAAGUACCCCUAAAGACUAACGAAUAUCGGUACCCCCCAAAAAACUAGAGGAUGUUGUCUUUUAAAGGCUUUCUUUUAUUCAUUUGUAAUGUUUUGAUCUGGGGAGUCUGAUUGGGUUCUGGAUGCACUGGGUUAAUGCAGGAAGAUCUUGGAAUGUCAACCCCAGAGCAAGGCAGGUACAUCAAUACGCUGCUAAAGGGUAAAAGGAAACAAAACAGAAUAGAUGACCGGAUUCAAGGGACUCUUCAGCCCGGCUGUCAUGGCUUCUUAAAGUUCUCAUUUUCUUGCACAGUCCUCUUAGAACAUACACACAGGUACAUGGACUCUGAUCAAAAAUCUUACUGUAGAAUAUUUACUCACUAUGCUGUACAAACAUUUACGUUUGCUCUCUCUCACCUUCUGAUCGCAACCACACACUGGAGUGUAUUCGCUCUGUCUAGCUCUAGAAUUCGUCAGGAUCUUGUACCAGUUUCUGCUUUGUUUCUGUUUUUACUGUGUGCCUUUUUACACCGUCGCCUUCCUCUUUUUUUUGUAUUCUGCUCUAAGUGUCCGAUCAUUUUUCUAGAAUUGUAUAAGUUUAAUGCACAGCUACUCACAAGUCGUUCUGACUUUGGUCUGUACAGGAAUUAUUUAGGACAGUUCGGCUCUUCAUACUGUUUCUAGAUCAGCAUAAGCAGCCUCUGCCUUUCCCCCCUUUGGUCCCUUUGCUGGCAAACUGAUCUCGGGUCAGGUUCACCUGUGCAUUCUCUUAACACAGUGCCGUACACUUCAAUCUGAUCAGGUAGGCAGGUUGAAUACACACUCACCAAAGCCAAAAA